AUGGGCUCGGAUGUAUCUGAAACGGUCAGAAAGGUAAAAUAUGAUCUCAAUGGAGUACUACAUGUUGAUGCUGAAGGCGUUUUACGAUCCUAUGAUCAAGAGGGCAAUGUUAUUGACUAUAGAAGACUGGAUUCUAAUAUCUUGAAUAACAUUGCUCAAUUAUAUGCGGAAGAGGACAGCAAUAAGCUGAUUGACCUUUGGACCAAUGUUGAUAGCUCUUUAGUUGAUGAAGAUCAGGUGUGGGCUCCACCGAGUCAUCUCAUGCCGCCGUCUGUGUCAGAGGCAGAUGCUGCUGAAGAACUUCAAUCAGCAAAUCCCAAAGUUUUUCCACGCUGGUGGAAUUACUGUAAUCAGUACCGCAAGUACUGA